CCUGUUUGACUUGUGCAGCUGUGACAUUUAUGCAAAUACGACAGUAGUCAUUGAAGCGUGAAUCCUCACAGAACAACAAGCUAGUACGUCGUUGUGCGGGGACUUUUAAUCAUCCAAGAUCUUCCAUAAGAAUGAUGGCUUCAGUUGGCAGCAUUUUUAUGAUCACCUGCAUGACAGUGGUCUCCACGGGGCUGAAGGUGGACCGGCCUUGGCUGAGGGUCCAGCUGUCUCACCGGGCCGUGCUGGAGUGCUGCUACCGGACCGGCGCUGUCAACCAACAAAGCACUUGGUUCGUGCACGGCCAGCCCACCAACGGCACCGCCAUCCCAGUUCCAGUCUUCAUGUCAGACCGAGUGAGCGCGGGCUACAGAACCCGUGCUGAGGUCACCUGCGGGACCCUCACCUUUGGUGAGGUGAAGGUGACCGACGUGGGCCUGUACAGAUGUUGGUUCAACAUCUCUGGCGUCCUCACACCCGGCACCUACCUGCAGGUCUACGAGCCGCUGAAGAAAACGAUAAACCUCACAGAGAAGACCAAGAACAGCAUCCUGAUGGCCGAAGGAAUCUUACUUCUUCUGUGCCUCCUGGUGCCUUCGGCCGCGCUCUUCUGCAAGUCCAAGCAACUCCAUGAACUGCAGCGGAAGGCAAAGAGGGAAGAGGAGAACAUUUAUCAGGGCCUCAAUCUGGAUGACUGUGACAAGGGAGCGAACCUCUACCAGGAUCUGGUUGCCAACAUUCGGGAGGAAAUCCAGCUGGAAAACCCAUGAAUGGAACGGAAGAAA